UGCUUACCUCCAUUCAUUAGACUAGAGUCUAGAGUUAAGAGAUCUUUCCCUUUAUUAUAGGCCCGGAUAGGGCCUUUAGGUCUAGAAUCUUGUGCCCCAAACGAUUGGUGAAAUGGCUAAGAUUAUGAAAGAAGAUGUUCACAAGUUGUUGAUGUUGUGGUGUACAGAUGAAAUGAGGUUCCAAGUCACAGCUCAAAGCUCUUUUCAAAACUUUCAGUUACCCUCAUGCCAAGAUUUCAAGCUCAUAUGUCACAAACCUCUUGAUGAAGUCUGGAAGUAUGUAAUACGUUACAUAAAAUCUGUACAGAUGGUGAAACAUGUUCGAGGAAAUAUUGCAGUAAAAAACAAUUCAACUGGCUCAAGCAAGAAGUUCAGCAAAUCUAAAAUUGUCGAAGAUGAGUCAAAAUAUGACUUGAGGAGAAAAUUGGCCAGAGACUUGACAGGCUGCUGGACUGAUAUUAGUUUUUUACAAAAUGAAAUGGCUCAGGUCAAUAAAGAGGUCAUGGAACAAGAACUUGCUUAUCAAAGUGUAAGUCAACGAGUCCGAGAUGUCCAGAAGAAAGAAAGUUUUUUACAAGUUGUCAGAAGAUGUGGACAAGAACAAAUCCUCAUGUAUGACAGAUAUACACAGUUUGUCCUUGAUCGGUGGAGAGUUUUAACAGAACACAGAGAUUGCCCUAAUGAAAGAUUUGUUACUCCUGGACACCAUGCUGAUGUUCUAGAAAGUGAAAGUCAGAAAGAUGUGAGACUGACUUGUGCUGAAAUUAAAACAUUUCUUCAUGGAAUAUUUAAUAGAACAUUGACCUCCAAUCAAGACUGUUUGAAAAAAGCAGAGCUGGAAUUAUGGAGAUGGGUAGAAAAAACAGCUUCAGUUCAUUCUAUUGCAGAACUAGUAUCUUCUCUCUCAACAAAUGCAGGACGAGAGACUCGCCAAAUUCGAGAGGAGACUUUAGGCGUUAACAUAACCAAAGAUGCCUUGAAUUUGAGAUUUUCAUAUGGCAGCAAAAGUGGUUUGAAAGAUGUCUCAUCUCCACCAACUGUAGAAAAAAGUGUCAAAGAGCUAUUAGAGGCUAGUAACUUGAAGCAUGUCUUGAGGUGGUUCAAAGAACAAGAAUACAACAAUGAAGAGUGGAAACUUAGUGCCAGACUAGACGAUUUCAUGGCAGAAAUUGGCAAACAGAUUCACAGGGUUAUGGGAGAACACCCACGCAAUGUUCCACUAGCCAAAGGGUAUGUUGAUGCUGUUGUUGAGUUGGCCAUAGAAGGGUCUGUAGCACCAUGUCUGAGAGCUGAGGCUGACAAACUGAUUGAAGCCAUUCAAAGGGCCAAACAUGAAAAACAAGUAUUGAGAAGGAAAUUUGAACAAAUUCAAGACUUUAAGGCUACUGUGGGGAAAAACCAGCAGAUGAUUUCAUUUCUUGCUAGACAAAACUCCUCUGCUCCAGACAGAAUGGAGGCACAAAAACAACAGGUUUUGGCUUACAUCAGGUCUAAGUCUAUAGAAUCUCAUGAGGCAGAAGUCAAAUCUCUGACAGCAGGACUAACAGGAAGUUUGAUAUCAGAAUUAGAAAAGUUUUCCCCCCUUGUCCUCUCAAGCCUGCUUGUAGUUACUCUUGACAGUAAGGCAUGUUUGUGUGCAUUGGAUUUAUCACUGGCUCCAUCCAUCAAUCCACUGGCAAGAGACAAACUAUCAGCCUAUUCUAAUGUGGCCUCAGCUUUUUCUUUUCCACACUUCAAGUCCACAGAUAGUUUGUUUCAUUAUUUGCUAGAGAUAGAGAGAUGUAUACAGGAAGUGAGAAUCAGCCAACAGAAGAGAGAAAAGCGAGUAGCAGCAGCAUUAGCUGGUGCUCACACAAACGAUGACAUCAACUCUUUUAUAGUUACUUUUAAGGAAAAAAUCAAAGAUCUUACACAAAAAAUAGAACAACACAACAGAGCUCAGAGCCAGAAAUUUCUACCCAAGUUAGAAAGGCGGAUUUCAGCUGUAUCUACUCAAGCUUCAGACAUUGAGAGUAUCAAAAAUCAAGUUGAUACAUGGUGGGAGCAGCCAGCUCAGUUGAGCGCACCUUGGGUACUUACAGAUGGCAAAACAUUUGCAGAAUGGAUGCAGAAAUGGAGACUAGCUGUCACCCAAAUUCAUAAAAAAAUGAUGGAUAUCAAGAGUCAUUAAGUUAUAUUUAUCUCAUCUCUAAAUAAAGAUGGUUUAAAGA